GCCUGUUCGCCAUUCUUAAGUUGACAUGGACUACUGGUAGACCACCGAUGUUAAUGCAUCCACCAUCUAGAAUUUUAGCUGAGGGAAGCAUGGAGUAAGACAGUUGGGUAAAAAUACCGUAUCACAUUUAAGCAAGUUAGUUGUGUUCUACAUAAAAUCUAUUAUGGUGUCAGAACCCCGUCCCUCUUGGUCGAACUGUCUUACUUUGGUAGUGGAGAGAGCAGAGAGAUUCUUUGCCCAACAAUAAUUUAUACAUUAUAAAGUGGGUCUUUUUCAGGAACAAUGCAUGAUAGAUUCUGCUGUUGAUUGUUUGUUUCAAUAAUAAAUUAAAUUACAUGAUGCAGGAGCAUUUUCGCGUGAAUCAGGCGUAAUCAUUCUGCGGGUCCUUUCAAUUAAUCCCCCCAUUCAUCAAUUAUUCCAUUAACCUCCAUAAACUCUAACAACUUGAAAUUGAGAUCGAUAUUUCAAAAUUGAAAGUAUUAACUCUUUAAGGGUGUGAAAUAUUAUUGGGAAUGGAUUCAAAUUUUCCUUGAAACUCUUGUCCUUGUACUAGUGUCAAAGAACCGGUACUCUAAACUGAAGCCAUGGAAGCACCUUUGACAACUUAUCCGAAGGGUUGCAACUUGCAAAUACAUGUAAUUCAGAAGGACUAGUGAGAGACUCAAAGUUGAUUCAGCGUACGCAAAAGCCUGAAACUGAAUCUCUACUUACAUCCGAGGUAAAACAAAGGGCGCAUAGCAUACGCUAUGCAUAAACCCUCCCAAUUCUAAGCAUAUUUUUUCCUCGUUCUAACCAUUAUAUCCGUGAGAAGAGGUCAAAAGGCAUCUAUCAUCCACCCAAUCGUAGGCUGUCUCUCUUUCUCUUUCUCUAUUUGUUUAUUGUGUGCCCUGUUAAAUAAGAAACUAAUUUAAAAGCCCCUCCUCGAAUCGUGACCUUCGUGGAAGCUAGUGCAGGACUGACCUUCACGAUCUCGCCGUACCUCUCUCUUAUUUUCGUUUCAUGAUAUAUAAUUUCGGAUCACAACAUGACCGCUUCCUCGAGUGUUUGAACUUUCCUCAACAACCCAUCUCUCUCCUUCUUGCUAUCCAUCCUCUCUUUCGUUUUUUUUGGUGUCUUUCUCUUGUUUGAAGGGUUAUCCUACUCCUUUGCUCUUUUACUGUUGGCCGUUAAUGGGGUGUUGAUGUCUCUGGCGGUUGGUGAGGAUUCAAGUUCCGAAAGCAUGGGUUUUGACCAGGACGGGGGAGAUGAUACUGAAGUUUCUGAGACAAAACCAGCAUCAAAGAUGCCUCCAAACGAAGAUAACGUUGAAGAAAUUCACCCUGGAAUCAGUAAAAACGCAAGCGAGAGUUCUCUUUGUCCAACUGAAGAAGAAGAUGAUGACGAAGAGAGGAAGAUUGAGUUGGGCCCUCAGUGCACCCUUAAAGAACAAUUAGAAAAGGAUAAGGAUGAUGAGAGCUUGAGGAGGUGGAAGGAACAACUUCUUGGGACUGUGGAUUUCGAGUCCGUUGGAGAAAAUCUGGAACCAGAGGUUAAGAUCCUGAGCCUUGCAAUCAAAUCACCUGGUAGACCUGAUAUGGUGCUUCCAAUUCCAGAGGACGGAAAUCCCAAAGGUUUGUGGUUUACCUUAAAAGAAGGUAGCAAAUACAGCCUGCAAUUCGCAUUCCAAGUGAGCAACAACAUUGUAUCUGGCCUCAGGUACACUAAUACGGUUUGGAAAACUGGUGUCAAGGUGGAUAGCGCGAAAGAGAUGAUUGGAACCUUCAGUCCCCAGGCAGAGCCAUACACACAUGAAAUAUGUGAAGAAACAACUCCAUCUGGAAUUUUUGCUAGAGGAAAUUAUUCAGCUAGAAGUAAGUUUGCCGACGAUGACAAUAAGUGCUACUUGGAGAUUAACUAUACUUUUGACAUCCGUAAAGAAUGGCAAUUAUAGACUAGUAGACUACGUUCCAAUUUCCAGUGUCAUUGCUUUGCUUUGAGUGUCCAUUGUUUGCCAAGUCUCCUUUAGAUGUGACCAUAGUUGAUUUUCGUUGUUCUUAUUUGCCAUCCAUAUCCUGUGUGAGACUGAUCAUCUACACAAUGAAGAGAGUUGAUCAAAAUUUUCUGUUUUCCCUGUUGAAGUUAGACAUUCAUUCAGUAGGAAUCAAUUAAUAAAAAGUUAAGCUGUUGACCUUCCUUCCAGGUUGAUCACUUGGGAACCGCAUUGUGUUAAGCUUUAAUCUUUAUACCUGCCAUUGGAAUUACCAGAUUUGUAAUGGACAAUGGAAAGUUGAAACUUUAAAGGCUUCCUUCCAUAAUUGCAUCUUUCUUUUUUUUUUUUUCCUUCAUUGUGAAAGUUAAAGUUAGCCAAAGUAUGUUCCUUUAGCUUUAUUUUGUACCAUCUUUUUUAUGGCAAGUUGGCAACCAAUUACUUUCUUUCUUUUCUUUUCCAAUGGUUUCACACUUUCAAUUGACACCCAAAAUCUCCGGCCUGUCAUAUUGGUGUGAAUGUGGGGUUCGAGAUGUUAAAAUUUGGAGCAUAGAGGCGAUAACUAUGGUAGAACCAAGCAUUUCAUAGCCUAAUCUAAAUGGGGGUUAUACAAUUUUCAAGUCUU